CCGUCGUUGUGCUGCUGGCCCAUCGGGCACCUGUCGCGGAACGGGGCGAGGUUGUCCUAACCCGGCCCUGCCCCGCGCGCUGCGAUCACACGUCGAAUGCCGCCAAUUUAUAACGUCCCUGAGGGAAAGACCGCAGACAGUUAUCUAUAUUUUAAAUGUUAGGAGAAUUUAUUUCACGAUAAAAAGGUCGUUUUCUCUUUCUUUUUGGAAGGAGAAAUCAAAGUAUUCAAAAUGAGCGUGUAUGUAGGUUCAUCUUUUAAUGUUGAGGAUGUCCUUAGACCUUCUACGAAAGAGGGUGGGCAUGAAGAUGUCGAGCCCAAAGUUGAGCAUCUGAUGAAUAAACUUAAAAGGCUGCAACAAGGUAAGAGAGCUAUAGAGGAGGAGGUGAAAGAGGCCCAGUCACUCAGAGACUCUCUGCAGGAAGAACUCGAUGCCUUACAGACGGAAGCUUACCAACUGGAGGGAGUCCACAAAGAGAAAGAAGAGUCGUGCAUGGUGCUGCAGUUCCAAUGUGAAGAGAUGGAACAGGACUCUACCAGGCAGCAGCAGCUUAACAGGAAGAGUGAGGACCUGAUAGAACAGUACAGAUGCCAGAUCCAGGAGACUAAGCUCAAACACAGGAAACACCGGAUGAAGUUUGAAAACCAGCUCCAGCAGCUGAUAGAGCAGCAUAAGAACCUGCACUCUGUCUUUAGCCCAGACAGACUGCCUGCUGAAAUAGAGAGCGUUGAAAACGCCAAGUCUCAGCUGCUGAAGGCUGAACAGCUGAAGUUGUCUCAGCUCUGCCAUCUAGAGGAGGCACUGGAUGAGGCCAGGAGGCAGACUUCGACUGACACAGCAGACAAACACACAGACUGAACCCUGGAACCGUACACUGUAAAAACGACCACUGUGUACAAUUACAGAUAUUACCAUGGCUCAUAGUUAGAGAGGGUUCCGUGGGUAGAAGCAAAGUUGUGAAUGUUUUGUGAUUGUUCUUCUGCCCUUGAUGUUGUUUAUUGAGGUCCCCUGUUUGAUGUUGUGGUUCUGAAUCAUUUGUACAUCAUUCUUUAUUAAUUAUUUAUUUGCUGCUGAGCUGUCUGCUUUUAAACAGAUUAAAUACAGUUGUCUAUGUUACGUGUUUGUGGAUUGAGAGUCUCACACGGAUAAGAAUAAACAAACAUCACCAACAUGAAUGCAACACAGACAGUCACCAGUGGUGUAAAGUACUUAAGUAAAAAUACUUUAAAGUAAUACUAAAGUAGUUUUUGGGGGUAUCUGUA